GUAUCCUCAGUAUAUCAACUAGACAGCUGAGAAUAAAGAGCUAAAACGGCAAUGUAUUUGCUCCGAAUGUCUUAAAUACAUAGUACUUCCAAACGCCACGUCGACAUGAUAAGAUUUUUUUGUCAAACAGCUGAGUGACAUGUUCUACUCACUUUGCUAACGUUAGCUGCUAACAGGCGUUCGGAGCGGUUCCUCUUGCUUUUUCCGACCAACUUUGGAACAAGGUUAAAGAUAAAUUGUCGGCUCGCCGCAGGUCGGGACAUCGUUACUUUAAAGCGUUUAGGUUUAGAUCGGCCAGCUGCCGGUGAAAUGGCUCCAAAGAAAAAGCCCGUUCCGCUGAACAUAACGCCGAUCGGAGAAGGACAGGCCACCGCCAACAGCCUGGACGCUGCGUCCGAAGCCAACCUCGAGGCCUUACAGAAGAAACUGGGUGAGCUUGACUUGGAUGAACAGCAGAGGAAACGGCUGGAAGCCUUCCUCACACAGAAAGCUCAGGUCGGGGAGUUGAAGGAUGAGGAUUUUGAACUCAUUUGUGAGCUGGGUGCUGGUAACGGAGGAGUAGUUGGCAAGGUCCGCCACAAACCGUCAGGAUUGGUCAUGGCUCGGAAGUUGAUUCACCUGGAAAUCAAGCCUGCCAUCAGGAACCAGAUUAUCAGAGAGCUGCAGGUGCUCCAUGAAUGCAACUCCCCCUACAUUGUGGGAUUUUAUGGGGCCUUUUACAGCGACGGAGAAAUCAGCAUCUGUAUGGAGCACAUGGAUGGUGGAUCCUUGGAUCAAGUCCUGAAGGAAGCCAGAAGAAUCCCAGAGGAAAUCUUGGGAAAAGUUAGCAUAGCUGUAUUGAGGGGGUUAGCCUACCUGAGGGAGAAGCACCAGAUCAUGCACAGAGAUGUCAAGCCCUCCAACAUCCUGGUCAACUCUCGUGGGGAGAUCAAGCUGUGUGACUUUGGUGUGAGCGGCCAACUCAUAGAUUCCAUGGCCAACUCCUUUGUGGGAACGCGCUCGUACAUGUCGCCGGAGAGACUGCAGGGCACUCACUACUCUGUUCAGUCAGACGUGUGGAGCAUGGGUCUGUCUCUGGUGGAGCUGGCAAUUGGCCGCUACCCCAUUCCCCCACCAGACGCAAAGGAACUGGAGGCCAUCUUUGGAAGGGCAGUUCUAGAUGGAGCUGAGGGAGAGCCUUACAUCAACAUGCAGAGACCCAGACCACCUGGCAGGCCCGGAAGCGGACAUGGAGUGGACAACAGACCUGCCAUGGCCAUCUUUGAACUUUUGGACUACAUUGUGAAUGAGCCUCCACCUAAGCUGCCAAAUAGUGUCUUCACUGCCGAUUUCCAGGACUUUGUGACAAAAUGUCUGAUCAAAAAUCCUGCUGAGAGGGCCGAUCUGAAGAUGCUGAUGAGUCACACGUUCAUUAAGCGAUCUGAGGUGGAGGAAGUAGACUUUGCCGGCUGGUUGUGCAAAACCAUGGGCCUCAAUCAACCCAGUACUCCAACCCGCGGCACUGAGUGAACAGUCUGCGCUGAGAUGUGCUGUAUCGUCUCUGGAUCUAGCUUGCGUGUACACACACACACACACACCCACCCACACACACAGUGUAUAUACACACCAACACAAGCCAGCACACAUAUUGGCAAACUUUUCAUCCUACUCUUCGGUAAAAUGGUUUUGGCUUCCCUCAUUUCUUGCUAUACCAGCAGCAGGGCCCGUUGAGUCAUUAUACUGCAAGACCACUGCUUCACCACCAUGCCAAUGUCACUUUCCCACGUUGCGACAGAGGGGAUGAACCAUUGAAAGGCUCCCUGUGUCUGGUCGACACACAUCUUUUGGUAUUGUUGAAUAUUCAGUAUGAUGUUUUUGCUGGUGGCCGCUGACGGCAUGCGGGACAGUUUUUAAGAUCAGUGGCUGUAGAGAUUUGUUGUUAAAAAUAAGAGCAAGACUAUAUGAAUGCAAAUUUACAGUAGAUUGUACUGAAAUAAAUGUCAUUUUCAGUAGAAAUACUUCUUCAAAUGCAUUUGAGCUAAAAUAUUUCUGACAGAUUAUAAUUACCUGCAU